CAAAAUAAAUAUCCAUGAUUUUUUCCAUUGUUGAUUAUUUCUUGACUUAUUACGUACUAUAUUUAUGUAGUUUAAGCACAUACAGUACCUAAUGUAAACAAUUAUUUACUACAUAACUAUAUUUAAUAGUACCUAAUUCCUUUUAGCUAUGUUAGCCAUGGCUGGAGACGAAAGAAAUUUUCGUUCGUCAUAUUAUGAGAAAGUGGGAUGCCGCGGUGUUGAAGAAAAGAAGUCGCUUGAAAUACUCAUGAAGGAAAAGCCGUGGGACAAAGUAAAGCUGAAACAGUUCUGUUUGAGGUUCACAGUGCCAGCCGCUUACAGAAACUUGGUGUGGAAAGUGUUACUUGAUAUUCUGCCAGUAUACCCUGACUCUCACCAGUAUGUGUGGGAGCAACGCACAGAGCAAUAUCAGGACCUGCUGUAUGCAGUGCAGAUGCUAGAGCUCAUAGACAUAGACGCUCCGCGGUGUCAGGUGCUGUUGGAGAUGUGGCUCCUGGAAAAUGAAGAGAGGACACCACCUCUGUUUCCAGAAACUAACUUUUCAUCUGCUGACACUUUCCUGCCUAUAGCGAAUACUCUUCUUGAGCUUUACAAUGAUGAGGUGGAUGUGUACUGGUUCUCAAAGAGCUUGACAGACGUGGUGAGGAUGAUGCAGCGAGACUUGCCAAAGCUUAAGGAGGCCUUCACCACUAUGCUUGAAAAAGAAGAUGGCGACUUGUUUAAUCACUUGGUAGACAUAAACGCUUUGGAGAUGUUACCGCUCACAAAAUGGUUUAACUGUUGCUUUGCCGGCGUGCUGGACGAUACCUCACUCACCAAAAUUUGGGAUAAAGUCUGCAGCGGUGCUCCAAAGAUAUUGUCUUUUGCUGCAGUCAUGCUGAUAAUCACAAUGAGAAGAAAUAUCUUGCGGUCCCAGAAUGCUGACGACGUGCUCAACUGCGUAUCACAGAUACCAGAACAGUGUGAAGAAGUUGUAGCUAACAAGGCGAUUGAACUUUGGCAGUACUACGGCGCCCAGCCACAGAGCGACCAGCUGGCCAAGAAAUGAUGUAUGACCUUCUAAUGAGGAGCACUCAUUAGAAGGGAAUGAAAUGGAAUCGACAUGUUUUGCAUAGCUUUAUUAAUUAAAUCCCAAUGUAUUUAUUGUGGAUUAAUACACAAAACUGCACUAAAUAGUCAGUUUUUUUAAGGAAUGGCAACACUUAUAUCUGCGUUUCGUUAUCUAAGAUUAAAGAUUAGUAUUCGAUUAAAUUGGAAAUUAAAGGAAAUUAGAGGUUUAGCAUUUUGUCAGUGGACCGCAAAUAGAAUGUAAACUCAAAAUAUAAAUAAAUAAAGCCCAUUGUUUAUUGAAUUGAGCAUUGUUGUACAUUUAUUAAAUUUCAAUAUUGUAUACUUAAGCACUGUAAUAAAUAAAAGAUCAAGUAUU